GCUCCCGCAGACCCUGGUCAGGGAAGAGUGGAGGUGGCCCGUGCGGAAGGGGCCAUUGGUCGGGGAUUUGGAAGUGGAGGGUGCAGGCAGAGAGUGGCCAAAGUGAUUGAGCCUGGAGAUGCAGGGAGGUGGACCACGGAGCGCGCCCCAAACCAGAUGGGAAUGCACUCACGGCGCCUGGGACAACUGCGGGUGGGGUUGGGGCGCGGCCGAGCUCCGAGGGUCCAGCGAGCUCAGCUACCCCCAGCGCCGUUUCCCCAACUCCGGCCGCCGCGGAGCCUGUGAUUGGCUGUGGGACGACGGCCCGCAAGCGGAUUGGCUGCUUCCGGCCGGGGGGCCGGGCCCGGAGCACGAAGUCCGCCCCCCGAGCCUUCAAGUAGAGAGCCCCCCCACCAGGUGUCCGCAGACCCGAAGCGGUGCUACAGUGUACCCUGUGGCGAGCGGACGCAUAGGCACCAGGACGCGCGCCGAGUGGCACGGCCCAGGCAGCGCCGCGCCCGCCAGCAGGCCUCCAGCCAUGGGGUCGGCAGCAUUGGAGAUCCUGGGCCUGGUACUGUGCCUGGUGGGCUGGGUGGGCCUGAUCCUGGCGUGCGGGCUGCCCAUGUGGCAAGUGACCGCUUUCCUGGACCACAACAUCGUGACGGCGCAGACCACCUGGAAGGGGCUGUGGAUGUCGUGCGUGGUGCAGAGCACCGGCCACAUGCAGUGCAAGGUGUACGACUCGGUGCUGGCGCUGAGCACCGAGGUGCAGGCGGCGCGGGCGCUCACCGUGAGCGCCGUGCUGCUGUCGCUCGUCGCGCUCUUCGUGACCCUGGCGGGCGCGCAGUGCACCACCUGCGUGGCCCAGGGCCCGGGCAAGGCGCGCGUGGCCCUCACGGGCGGCGCGCUCUACGCGCUCUGUGGGCUGCUGGCGCUCGUGCCGCUCUGCUGGUUCGCCAACAUCGUGGUCCGCGAGUUCUACGACCCCACGGUGCCCAUGUCGCAGAAGUACGAGCUGGGCGCGGCGCUAUACAUCGGCUGGGCCGCCUCGGCGCUGCUCAUGUGCGGCGGCGGGCUAGUGUGCUGCGGCGCCUGGGUCUGCGCCGGCCGCCCCGACCUCAGCUUUCCGGUCAAGUACUCGGUGCCGCGGCGGCCCGCGGCCAGCGGCGACUACGACAAGAAGAACUACGUCUGAGGACGCCAGGCACGGCGGGACCCUUCCCGCCAGCCACGCCCUCGAGCCGUCGGAGCCACCUGGGAGCCCCGCGUAGACUGCGGCCUCCGCCGGGGCGCGCAGCGCAGUCUCCGAGCGACGACCGGCUUAGCGCAAGACGCAGCCCGUGGACAGGCUCUUGCAGGCACCCGCAGCCUGGCCUCUCCCGCCGCCAGUGGCCAGGCUCUGCCCUGAUCAGACCGCACGCACUCGUGAGGACUUGGUCAGUUUCCUUCUCUGUGCGCCCUGCUGGGAUUCCAUGGGCAAAGGGGGCACCAGACUGAAGAUACCACUUCCUUCCCUGGCGCUGGGGGUCUUGGCUGCUGCCUAACUCCUCAGUGGCUCCUACUGAGUCCAGAGGGGCAAUGGAGAGCUCGGGCCCAGCCUGGGCUGCCAGAGGGUUGUGUGCAGCUGGCCUUACCCUAUCAGCGGGGCUUGUCAGAGGACCAACGGACUGAGCCCAAGGGACCAACUUCCCUGUCUCACUCCAGCAGCUCCCCAGGCAAGGCUUGUGGGCGCCAGAGCGUGGAGCUGGGGCCUGUCCUCCUCUGCGGCUUGUGGGGUGGGAGUGGGAGGUUAAGAAUUUGCUUAGUAAAUGGUUUGAAUACUCUC